ACACUUAACCUUGAUCUUUAGUUACACAUUGGCUUUGUUAACAGUGAUCAGCUUUCCUGUGUUAAGCGCUGGAAAUUUUAGUGCCUGACUUACUGCUGUACUGAGGAAUUCAUUUCAUAUAUUUUAUUAUAUUGAGUUGGGAAAACAGUAGAUUCCUUCAAUGCAAGGGCAGAGAGGUACAAUUGGUUCAAUGCCUGAAACUUUAGAAUUUGAUUGUGGAUCUGCAUCAAGUAGUUCUACCAUGGAUCAGCAGAUUUGCUGGAAUAAUGUGAAUCCUGCAGAAAAUCAAAUACCUAAUUAUAUACUUUCUCCUGGUGAUAUGAACUCAUCUUAUGUUAAUUCUAUUAAUCAUAAAUGGCAAAACUUGAGUGGCUGGAGCUUAGGCGAACCAAAUUCCAGUAAUACCCCUAAUGAGAUUAACAAUAAUAAGUUGCUGGAAUUAUUUUCUCUAUGGCACAGUUGCUCUGUUUAGGGAGGUUAUAGUUAUCUUUGUUCUCUCUAUCAAAUAAUGCAAUUAUCUCUGUUUUACAUAUCUCUGUUCCUAGGUUUCCAUUUUAAAUCCUUGAACCCCAAGUUUAGUGUGGAGUACAUUUAUUUUGGUAUGGAUUGAUGCCAACAGCGAGAUUCUAUAAACUUGAUAAGAGAUACAUUAUCAGAAUCAUAAUAAUCGCAACUUUAUUUGAUUUUGGCAAUUGAGUGUUGGCCUAAUUUAUCAUUUACUUUUGCUGAGGGGUGUCUUUUGUGAGGAUACCUUUUGGUUUGCUGUGACAACAUUUAUUUGGAGCCUGGUCUUGCUUGAGCUUAUGUAUGCAUUAAUGUAGGAGGUUUAGAAAAAAUUAUUCCCUCCCAGAUGGAUAAGUAAUGCUGUUUGUGAUGGAGAUAGUGGUUUUUGUAGAAUGAUCAUGGUAAAACAUUCGAUAUUUAUUUUAAAGCUUUUGAAUUGGGUAAUGUCAAAAUGAGUAGGGUCAGAAUUCAAAUCAUUGUUACGUUGAUGUCAUAUCAAAAUUUUGAACUAUUUUUUUGAACAUAUGCACUUGAGCAAAUGGUGCAAGCUGCGAAUGCUUCCGCUGGACUUAGGACUAUCAAACGGGUGGAGCAAACUUUGCAAGAUCUUGGGCUUUGGUAUGCAUUGGGAAAGAUGAGGGCAGAGAAAGCUUCUUGGAGAAUAGCUAAUGAAAGGGGUUUGAAGCUCACUACCAUUUGUCCAGCUCUAGUUACCGGUCCUGAAUUUUGUCAUAGGAAUCCAACAGCAACAAUUUCUUAUCUCAAAGGUGCCCAAGAAAUGUACUCUCAUGGUUUGCUAGCAAGAGUGGAUGUGACCAAAUUGGCUGAAGCUCAUGCAUGUGUAUUCAAGGCAAUGAACAACAAUGCUUCUGGUAGAUACAUUUGCUUUGACCAUGUGAUUGAUUCCCUUAGUGAGGCAGAG